CUUUCCAUCAGGACUUUAAAUCUCUAUCAGACUCCGGCCGUGGCCGAAUAUAGGGGACUUUGGCCAAGUUAGGAAUAAAAGCCAAGUAGAAGUGGACCUAGAAGUGAACUGACCGGUCGGCGGAUAGCUGGAUAGCUGCAACAGACUGACUGAAAUCCCGUGGCAACUUAUUUGUCCCUUUUGGGCCGAAUUCUUCUCUUUAUCUAUCCAGCUGACACGUCUGCUGGGAGACUACAGGUCGUAAGCCUUGAAUGACUUCUUAAGUCAAGAUGGUAGUCGGUGGGCAAAAUGAAAUGACAUCUACGGACGGUGUUGGUAGGGACCAGCCACAAGACCAAGAGGGAAGAUGUGCUCAAGGAACGGUGCAAAUUCCCGGUCAAGAUGACGGGACUGGUCUGGGAAUCGAACCUACGACCUCACAGUUACAAAAUCCCCAUCAAGGCGAAGCAAUUCAAACAGGCAGCUUGUCGGAGUUGGGAGUCGAAUCGAUGACUCCGCAGUUGCAGACUCCCCGUCAAGGUGAAGCCACACAAACCAGCAGCUCGGAAGUGUCAGGCGCGCACAACACAGUCAUCCACGCCGGGCCAGGCUCCAAUAUAUACCUGGGGCAUCCCGGUAGUAUAGAACGGACUGGGUUUGGUGUGGAGCAUAGCACAGAAGAGCCCAGUCAGCCACCAGUUGAAUAUUCUGAUGAAACAGAAGAAACUGAGACAACAUUCGACACCAAGAUGGACCUAACAAAUACAGAACAACCGGCAAUAGCAGGUCCGGAGCCAAACCCCAGUAUUGAUCCAUGGGUCAGGUGGACACCGGAAGGAAAGAACCUCCACAUCCGGUUACCGAAGGAGUUCUGUAGUCCCAACAUCCAAUCGUCUGUGAGCCCCCGUUACCAAGGCAACGAGGACACGCCCUGUUCCCACUGUCCAGAAAAAGAAGCACAGAUAAAGACCCUUCGUGAAAAUGACCGACAUCUACAAAGAGAAAUCAUAACUCUGAAAGAUAAACUUCAAAAAGCGACCAGCUACAGCGACAAACUGGUCGAAGAGAGGAACAGUUACAUUUCAAAAUAUAACGAACUCCACGAUUCGCAGAUAGAAAUCUACACAGAGCUCGCUAGGGUAAAAGAGGAAAGAGACAAGUACAUAACCGAAAACCAUCGGAUGAAGGAAGAGAUGGGAAAAAAUGAAAGCAUCCGUUUGAAAGGAAAAGAUGUUUCGGCGUCCAAAAAUUUUGAAGGAAGACGCAAAAUGGCAGAACUGGAGGAAAAUUUGAAACGGGCGAAAGAUGACGUCAAGUACUGGAGAGAGAAGUCGGAUGGACAGUCACGUGAGUUCGUCAAAGUGAAGACCAAUCACGAGAGGGUGGUGAAGGGGUUACAGAAAGAGGUCAACGACCUACAGAAGAAGAUGGAGAGGUAUCAACAACAGGUGCAACAUCUGGAGGAGGAACUGGAGAAAAAUUCGGACAGCAAACUCAUGCGGGAAAAAGUACAGUGUGAACUGGAUCUGCAGAGAACACGAGAUGAUCUGACCAGGGCGGAGGCUGAGAUCAAACGAAAGGAGACUGACCUGAACGGCAAGGGGAGAGCCCUCUCGCGGCUUGAGAGGAAACUGCAGCUGAGCGAACACCAGAAAAUCGAGGCAGACAAUAGGGUGCGUUCUCUAGAAGAUAUGGUGGACCGAAAGGAAAAGAAGCUGCAGUAUCUGGAGAACCGCCAGAGGGAGCCGGUGAGACGUGCAGGUGUCACCUCUGGGAUCACGACUCCCGGACAGACUGCAAAACUUACCCCUGGUCAGGCGCCGAGCAGUCUAAGCCCCCGUCAGUCGCUCAACAGUAUUUCCGAGGAUGAAGAAGUGACGUCACCACCUGUGCUAAACCGUCGCAAGUCGUGUCCAGACAACAAAACGCUCCGGAGAGCACACCGGCGGGAAACGCUCUGAUUGGUCACAAGACAUUCCGAAAAUUGCAUCGACAGGAUCGGAAGCGCUCUGAUUGGUCACAACGAGGCACUCCGAAAAUCACAUCGACGGGAGACGUUCUGAUUGGUCACAACAAAGCACUCCAAAUGGCGGGAAAACUAUAAUUGAUCAUAACAAGAGACCACGAAGGUCACAUUGGUGGAAAACACUCCUGAUUGGUCACAAGUAACAUUGAAGGACAAAUCAACAUUCUGAUUGGUCCUUUACGAUAAUUCGAUUGAAAUGUCAGGCACUCAACAUAGCCAACACUUUUGCGAUGAUCAUCAUAUGUAUGCGUGUGUUAUAAAGAAUAGAAUAAACCAUUCAGCACAGCAUUUGGUUGAAGAACAACAUCUUUUUAUCUUUCUUGAUGCAUAGAUAAUAUAACUUGCAGACAUAAACCAUAUACGUACACAUGUAUACAACAUUUUCAAAAUUUUAUUUUGUAAUCACAAUUUUCAAAAUCAAAAUACACAUAGGGAGCAUGAAAAACAAAUAAUGAAACAAGUACAGGUGAAUAUAAUCCAGGAAACAAUCAAGACUAUUUACAUACAUCAUACACCACAACAUCUGCUAAUAAAUA